GCGCUGGUUUUCGUCCGAGGCGGAGCUGUCCCCCGGUUCUUGAAAAUUUUUACCCCGGGAGGUUCGUGGCUGAUCGUGUUUUUUUUUUAAUGUGUCGUUUCUUGUUCUGGGGGUAAGGGGAGUUUCGUUCGGUUGAAUCCGUUGUUCUGUCUGAUUUGGUGCGGUGAUCAGAUCGUUGGCACGGUAAAAGAGGCGGCGGUCCAAACUCCAAAGGCUAGCUCUUGUCGGGUCUGUUGUGAAUCCGUGUGAUUUUAGGCUACAGUUCCUGAAUCCUCCCUGGAUUGCCCAUUUCCUCAAUCUUGGUUGUCUGUUGAGAAUUUGGUACUUCUGCUUUGUUGGGUCGUUUGGGAUUUUGGAUGUUGAUUUGUAGUGCUUAGAUUUUUCUUCAUAGCCGCCUCUCUGUCCUUCUCAGUUUUGGAAACUUAGCCGAGAGUCCCAGGGAACUUCCCCUUCCUUUCUUGCUCGCCCGCCGGCGACCUUUUUGCUUCGGACUCUUGAACUUUUUUUGACUCCCCUCUCUUCGAUUUCAACUCAUUGAUAGUUGAAGCCGAGCCGUGUGAAGUGCAGUUCUCUUGUCAAGGUGGGAGAAAUUCUUAGCAAAGAAGUCUUCUUCUGAGACAAAUCCAUUUCUUUGCCGGAGUCGCCGUGUAGAAGUUGGUGCGAAAUGAAAUCAAUGGAGAUUUCGUGACGCCGGCUUCCGAGGGUAAACUUGGGUUUACCAAAUGAGGUGGAAAGGUUCUUGAAUUUAUCCAGGAUUUCUGUGUGAGCCAUAUCCAGAGUUUCCUAGUCUGUGUUUUCUUGGUACUUCUUGAGCGAAUCCAUCGUUUCUGUCGAAAUGGGGGACUGCGAACCCGCCCUUGUAAACCAUGAAAUGGAGCAUCAUCUAGUUGCAGCAGCUCAGCACCUCAUGCUGGCACUGAGAGCAAGUACAAACCUGAACAUUGAUGACAUGAGCAGUUUCCUUUCCAAUGUUGAAGCUCAUCUCUCCACGAGGUCCACGCCUAGUGAGAGCAGGGGCAGGUUGGGCAGGGGCGGCUUGUUGAAGGAAAUAGAAGAGCAACUCAGACAGAAUGAGAUAGUGGUCAUGAGUUGGGAGGCUAACCAGUCACUGAUAUGGGACUCUAGCUCGGAGGAAACCUCAGAGUAUCUGAAAGCUGCUGUCGAGAUUCAAAAAUUAGUGGAGACUUUAGGAUGCGUUUCUCCCAUAAGGAAUGCGAAGCAGAAGGAACUUCUUCUUCGUGCUCAAGGCAUCUUGGAGAUAGCAAUGUCGAGGCUCGCGGAAGAGCUGAGGCACAUUCUUGUCCAGUAUAAGGAGUUCUAUGAGCCUGAAUACAUGUCGUUCCGCUCUGUUGUGGAGGAUGUGGUGUAUGAUGAGUCGUUUGUUUCCAUAGAGGAUGAAGCAGCUGAGUUAACAUCUCGUGCAGAGGAUGGUGGCAGUGGCACCGGCAAUGCAUCGGCGGAAUGUCUGGUAAGCCUGAUCCACCCCGAUAUGGUCCCUGCUCUCAAGUCGAUUGCACAGGUGAUGUUUUCAUCAAAAUACGAUCAGGAAUUUUGCCAAGCUUAUGUUAGCAUCCGGAAAGAAGCGCUGCAUGAGUACUUGCUCAUACUCAAAAUGGAGCACUUGACAAUUGAAGAUACUCUGAGAAUGGAUUGGGAUAAGAUGAGCUGUGAGAUAAAGCAAUGGGCUUGGGCUAUGAGGAUCAUUAUACGUGUCUAUCUUGCUAGCGAAAAACGUCUUUGCAACGAGGUUCUAGGAGAGUUUGGUUCCGUUAACUCGAUUACCUUUGUCGAUAUCACAAAGGCUUCGAUGCUGCUUUUCUUGAACUUUGGUGAAGCCAUAACAAUGUCACCACAUCAACCGGAGAAGUUAUUUCGCGUGCUCGACAUGUAUGAGGUCCUCACUGAACUCCUUAACUACAUAGAUGCUUUAUACUCGGAAUAUGCUGGUGCUUCCGUUAGAAUCGAGUUUCAUGAUCUUUUGGCCAGCUUGGGUGAUUAUGCAAGAGCAACAUUUGCUGAAUUUAGGAAUCGUAUCGCUCUAGACAGGUCUCAGAAACCUUUUGGCGGAGGUGGGAUUCAUCCUCUCACAAAGUAUGCCAUGAACUACAUCAAGGUCCUUUCUGCAUAUAGGGGCCCCCUUAAUUUGCUUCUUUGUGAUCAAGAAGUAAAACAUCCGGAGCCUUGUCUUGGAAUAGAUAACGAGGAGGAAUGCUCUUCUGACAGUUCAUGUGCAUUGGCAGCCCAGGCGAGGUCACUGGUGUCUGUUUUAGAGUCGAACCUUGUCGAGAAGUCCAAGCUAUUCAAGGAUGGUUCCCUCCAGCAUAUAUUCUUGAUGAACAACAUCCAUUACAUGGUUCAAAAGAUAAAAGACUCUGACCUCAGGCUUUACUUUGGGGACGAGUGGAUCAGGAAGCAUAUCGGAAAAUACCAGCAGCACGCAACAAGUUAUCUAAGAGCCACAUGGAGUUGUGCUCUUUCUUUGCUCAAGGGUGGUGGGAACCAGGCUUUGGGCUUCUGUAAGCCAACUCUUAGAGAAAGGUGCAAGGCAUUCGGUCUUACUUUCGAGGAAGUCUACAAGUGUCAAACGGGGUGGAUCAUCCGAGAUCCUCAGCUUCGGUUGGAUGUGCAGAUUGCGACUUCACAGAAGGUGAUCCAUGCUUAUCGGACGUUUCUUGGAGUACAUUCUGGUUCUAUCGGUGAGAAGUACAUCAAGUACACUGCUGAUGACAUGGAGAACUACAUUCUGGAUCUUUUUGAAGGAUCCGCAAAGUCAUUGCCCCAUCCAUGGAAGAAGUGAAUUCAUUUUACUAUCAGCUCUUCCAAUUCCUGUCCUUUUGUCUUUGUUUUACCUUAUUGUAAUCGAUGUAGAUGCGUUUUAAUAUUUAACGCGUCCAGGUAUAGAGUGUCUAAGAAAACUUCUCAUUUACAUUGUAUCUCGUGUGAUGAUACCAACUGGGAAUUUAUAUGCAUAAUUUGGUUGGUGUAA